AUGGUUUUAAGAGCAUGGCUUGUCUUUGUUUUGCUGAUUAGUAUUCUUGACAAUUUGAAGCUAGCUAAAGGAGAUAGUACAGAACAUACAAGAAGAAGACUUGUUGAUCAAACUCCAGGUUUCAUAAGCAUCGAUUGUGGGGCAACCAGCGAUUAUUUGGAUGAAGGCACUGGUAUAUUUUACAAGUCAGAUUCAGGUUUUAUAGAUACUGGGACAAAUAACGUCAUAUCCCCCGAGUACUACUCUUCAAUGGUUUCUCCUAACUAUGUACGGCAAAUAAAAAAUCUGAGAAGCUUCCCGCAAGGAACAAAAAAUUGUUACACCUUGAAACCUGAACAAGGCAAAAACAGUAACUAUCUUAUCAGGGCUUUCUUUUUUUAUGGAAAUUAUGACAACAAGAAUCAACCUCCAAAGUUUGACGUAUACGUUGGGGUUAAUUUUUGGACCACGGUGGAUUUUAGCGAGUUAUAUCCGUUAUAUCCACCAUGGGAAACUUUUCCGGAUAUCAUUCAUGUUCCCUUGUCUGAUACCGUAUAUGUUUGUUUGAUAAACACGGGGUCUGGAAUACCGUUCAUUUCCACCUUGGAAUUACGUCCUUUGAGUAAGUCCAUUUAUCCAACUAAUUUUGGAGCACUAAGUUUUGGCUUGCGAUUAGACAUUGGCACCUCAAGUAUGUACUUGAUCAGGUACGAGGACGAUGUUUAUGAUCGCUUAUGGUUUUCUCAAAGUACGUUGUCAUCAAACUGGGUUGCAAUCAAUACCUCCUCAGUUAUUAACACUCAGGACAGCAAUGAUAGUUAUCAACCACCAGCACAAGUGUUGAGAACUGCCGUUCAACCACCUAGUGGUCACAAUGCCUUGACUUAUGUCCCCAGUUAUGGAACUAAUAAACCAUACAUUGGUGGUAAAUAUUAUGUUUGCUUUCACUUUGCUGAGAUUGCUAAGCCUACCCAAGGCAAGAAGAGAGAAUUCAUUAUUGAUGUGGAGGGCGGAAACUACACCUCAGAACCUAUAACUCUUGAAUACUUAAAGCCGCUGUCCAUAUGCCCCCAAAAUGGACAACCAUUCGAGGGGCAUUUUAGUUUUUCAAUUAAUGCAACAACGGAGUCUGGCCUUCCCCACAUCGUCAAUGCAAUUGAGAAAUAUAGUGUAAUUUCUCUUCCGUAUAAACCAUCGAUUAUUACCUCGUAA